UAAGAAGGCGCCGCGGGGCCGCCCUGGGCGCGCUUGGUCCCUGCCUCGUGGAGCGUCCGCCUCUCUGCGCCCUUGCUGCCGCGGCACCAGCCAGAGCAUCCCGUUAGGGACUAGCCAUGAUGCACUGGGGAUACGAUGAGCACAACGGGCCUUCUCGCUGGAAGGAACUUUUCCCUCUCGCGACUGGAGACCGUCAAUCUCCCAUUGAUAUCCGAACUGAGACGACCAAAUAUGACCCCACUCUGCGUCCUCUCUACCCUAACUAUGACCCUUCCUCCGCUAAAGUAAUACUCAACAAUGGACACUCAACCAGUGUGGAAUUCGAUGACACUGAAAAUAAAUCAGUGCUGAGUGGGGGUCCACUCAUUGGAAACUAUAGGCUGCGGCAAAUUCACUUCCAUUGGGGGCCCAGUGAUGACAUUGGCUCUGAGCAUGCAGUGGAUGGGACAAAAUUUGCGGCAGAGCUCCACGUGGUCCAUUGGAACGCAGACAAAUACGCCAGUUUUGUGGAGGCUGCUGGCCAGGCAGAUGGAUUAGCAGUCAUGGCUGUUUUCUUACAGGUGGGUGAAUGCAAUUCGCAGCUGAAGAAAAUCACAGACCAUUUGGACGCCAUCAAAAUUAAGGGUAAACAGCAUAGGUUCACCAACUUUGAUCCUUCCUGCCUGCUGCCCCAUUCACUGGACUACUGGACUUACCUUGGCUCCCUCACUUCUCCUCCUCUUCUUGAAAGUGUCAUCUGGAUCAUUCUCAGGGAGCCUAUAAGCGUUUGCUCAGAGCAGCUAGCCAAAUUUCGCAACCUCCUCUGCACUGGUGAGGGAGAAGCUGCCUUCUGCAUGCUGAGAAACUUCAGGCCGCCACAGCCUUUAAGGGGCCGGGAAGUGAGAAGAAACUGAAGGGGGAGAAAAAGCAAGGAUAAUUCAUAGCAAUGGCUGAUACUAUUUAGCAAGCGGAACCCAUUUUAAUAGGUUAUGUUAAGUUUUAAUGAGUUUUUUUUUUAAGGAUACCUUCUAAUUAGGUCCCGAUUUCAGUAAAUAGAAAGCAUUUUUAAGUCCUAGCUAUUUUGAGGGAGAGGUAUAAGCCCAUGCUUAUGUUUCUCAAGUGAAAUAGGCAGACCUUAAAAUGCUUCAGAUUUCCUGGAUUGUUCCCCUAAUUUUUAGCACGCAAUCCAUAAAUACGCUAAGGUAUUAUAAUUAAUAGAUACUGUUUUGUUGCUAUAUAACUAUGAUAGACAGGCACUCACGACUCAAUAAAAAGAAUAGGAUUUAUGUUGUAGUAAAUAAGAUUGGGUAUUGUUUUGUGGUUGGUUAAGAUACAGUUAGUUAUAGCAAAAUAAGAGUUUUCCAGAGCUGUAGCAGUUGAGCCAGUCUUGCGUUUUGCUAGGUACGGUGAUGCUCUCUUAUCUAGUUUGGACAGAUAUCAGUUGGGAAUGUUGGUCGUGGGGUGGCCUAUCUAAGGCAGAGGGUUAGACCAGGUGAUCCAUUUGGAUCCGUUUCAACUUGCCCUGGGUUUACCACUACCAUUCCCACAUGAAAACUCUGGGUAUCCUGUAGCAGAAACCUUAGUGGUUAAUCCACAGAGGUUCAAACCCACUUAAAUACAUAGUAUAGAUGUGCUGGGAUCUGAUCAUAGAGAACUUGAGAUUCCUGCCAUCCCUCCAAACAUUCUCCACAGGCCCCCUUUUCCUGCCCGCUACAAACUGGAAGG